GCUGCCUCCGCCUGCAGCCGGCGGAGCUCGGCCCGGGAGACGCACCUGCCCGGCGGCGCGGGAGGCUCCGGCCGCAGCUCCGGGCUCGCUCGCGGCACAGGGUCUCCACGGCGCCAGCAUGUCUCACAGGCACUCUGACGGCUCCAUGGGCGACAAGGCCCUUCUCCUGGACCGCAAGUUCCGUUCAGAGCUGCGGAUAGAUACCAGCGCGCCCUCUCCCGCUGGGAAACGCAGCUCCAUGGCAGCACUAGACAACGCCCCGCGCUCCCCGUCCCCCACCGAGCCCCGCCGUGUCAUCCUCAGCACAGAGAGCCCAGCCGCACUCAAGGUGGGCACCCAGCAGCUGAUCCCCAAAAGCUUGGCCGUGUCUACCAAAUCCAAGACCCCCGCCCGCCACCAGAGCUUCGCCGUGCCCAUGCCGAGUAAAGAGGCAGCUCGCUGCGACCCCAAGCGGAUGUCUGCCCCCAGCAUUUCCCUGGACGACCUGGACAUCGAGAUGGAUUCUAGCCUCAAGCGCAACCUGCGGAACACGUCGUACCGGGCAGCCAUGAAGGGACUCAGGAAUGUCGAGGAGCCGGAGCCUUCUAAGGGCGUCGCCACCCUAAAGCCCAUGUCGCAGGACAUCAACGCACAAGCAGCGCGCAGCCCGGGGAGAAACAAGAGAACACUGGGGAGGAAGCGGAUGCAGAGACACGGGGGCUCCUUUAAGGAUGAGCCCCGGCUGUAUCAGGAGAUCCGUGAGAGAGGGCUGAACUCCAUCAACCAUGAGUCAGACGAUGACUUGCUUGAGGACGACUCCAUUCCGGAGGAGCAUCCCGCUCUUAACACCAUUGUGGUGAAAAGCUAUCGCCCUGCCCAGGUGACCUGGAGCCAGCUACCCGAGGUGCAGGAAGCAGGCAUCCUAGACCGAAUAACCCCAGAGGAACGCAAAAGGCAAGAGGCAAUCUUUGAGAUCAUCACCUCUGAAUACUCCUACCUGCACAGCCUGGGUAUCCUGGUGUGUCACUUCAUGAAAUCCGAAGAGCUGAAGGAGACAAUGACCCAAACUGAGCACCAUCACCUCUUCUCCAACAUCAGCGAGAUCCUGAGCAUCAGCAAAAGUUUUUUUGAGGACUUGGAGAAGCGGCACCAGGAAAAUAUACUGAUCCCCGACAUCAGCGACAUCCUGGAGAAUCACGUGUCGAACCGCUUCAACCCUUAUGUCGUCUACUGCUCCAACGAAGUCUACCAGCAAAGGACGCUACAGAAGCUGCUAAACAUGAAUGCUACGUUUAAAGAGGCCUUGAAACAAAUCGAGAGGAAGCCAGAGUGUGGUGGCCUGCCCAUGUGCUCCUUCCUCAUCCUCCCCAUGCAAAGAGUAACACGCCUCCCCCUGCUUAUGGACACGGUUUGUCAGAAAACCAACGUGUACAGCACAGCCUAUGAAGCUGCCACCCAAGCCCUGAAAGCCAUCAGCAAGCUGGUUAAGAAAUGCAAUGAGGGAGCCCACACGAUGGAGAGGACCGAGCAGAUGUACACGCUUCAGAAACAGCUGGAGUUCGGAAAGAUCAAGCCUUUCCCACUGAUUUCGGCUUCCCGCUGGCUGCUGAAAAGAGGGGAGCUCUCCCUGUCCCAUUCAGAAGACGCUAGUAUCUUCCGCAAAGGCUUUGGCCGGACUAACUGCUACCUUUUUCUGUUUAAUGACGUCCUGAUCGUAACCAAGAAGAAAAGUGAGGAGAGCUACACGGUUACAGACUAUGCCAAGCUGGAUCAGAUAAUGGUGGAGAAAAUUGAAAGCCCUGACGCUCCCUCGUCUCCCCCCGGGAAGCCAGGGUCAAGUGGUGGAGCCCGGAGCCCGGGUAGCGGCCACGCGUUUCGAGUGAUCAUGAAGAGGAACAGCGAAGGGAAGGAGGAGACGGUUGUGCUGUCAGCGGACUCUCUGAGUGACCGGGCUCGCUGGAUCACUGCUCUGAUGCACAGAGAAAACAAAACCGAUGACAUGGCUAGAAAAGGAGAGCUGAGACAGGUGGAGAUAAUCAGGGCCUACUUGGCGAAACAGACGGAUGAGAUUUCCCUGCAGCAGGCGGAUGUCGUCUUGGUCCUCGGCGAAGAGGAUGGCUGGUACUUGGGUGAGAGGCUGCGAGAUGGCGAGAGAGGCUGGUUUCCCCAGUCGUGCGCUCAGCCCAUCACCAACCGCAACGCUGUGGAGAGCAACGUCCGCCGCAUGGAGCGGCUGCGGAUAGAGACGGACGUGUGAGUCCCAGGCCCCGGGGGAACGUUCUUUCUCUGGAGUGAGCCAGUUUAAGGCCACAAGCUGCAGACCAUUGAGGAGAGGAAAGUCUGUGGUCCAGACCCGCCAGUGCCCUCAGUGUCUCUCCCAUGCAGCUGAUCUUCGGAGCUAACGCCAUUUCCCUUCCUUUCAAGGAAACGCUCUCUAGAGGAACUAACUUGACUCGGACCUGAGCGCUUUGUGCAGAGAGGGACUGUAUAACCUCUUUGCAUGCACUCAGGAUGUGCCAUCUUCUCUCUGAAGACUUCAGCAAUCCUAGGAGAUACUUCACAUCAUCUGAUCUGCCCUGGCCUCUCAUACGCUGCUGGAUGGUUUUCUAAUAUCAACUGGAAUUUGCUGCAAGGAAUUUAAAGUCAUGGCUUCUUGCUUUGAGAUCCAGCCCAGAGACUUCCCUGAAAUACUCACAUGUGGAGCUGGGGCUUUAGUUAGGUAUUUCAGUUUGUGUGCCACUGUCUCCAAUUCACCUUUAUUCUCUCUCUGCCAUCACCUAUUGCUAUCAGUCCUGGGGCGAGCACUUGUCGGGGAUCCUAGCUGAACAUGCAGCAGUUCAGUUACAGGGCUUCUUUGCAGCCGCCGUAUUGCAGGGAGCACGUCCAGGUGUGGUUUUGAUAAACGUGUAUCUAUAAAAUGGAUAUUUUUUUCCUUGUUACUGAUUUGAAUAGUCUGUCCUCAUUUUCAGCAGAGGGUUAGCAGCCUUUGUCUGUCUGGCUCUACGUUGGCUGGGGUGUUGGGGAGGGCUCUGCUGAUGACGUGUCCUGAGCCACUGAAAGUCUGAGCUUCAUCCAAACCAGGGCCGGCUGCUUAUGUGAUUCUGCACCCAUGCAGAGGGUGAAUCCUUCACAGCUGGGGGCUUGGGGACGAAGGGGGGUGGGCAGCGAGUGCUCUCCAGCGUUCUUAACGCUAACUAUAAGCGUAGGACAAACUACCCAGCGCUCUGUGUGCACCCUGCACAAGAGGUUUGGGAUUUGUCCUGCAGGGUGUUUCUAAGUUCGAAAAGGCCAGCUGAGUCUUAGACAGUGGGGAGUGGUCACCGAGACAGCACUGACUCUCCAGGCUCCACGUUCCCGGAGUCUCGGAGGAGGUACGAACCCUCCGCGGAGUAAUUGAUGCGAUGACAACAGGUCACUUACAUGGGGAAACUUGUGGAUUUUCAGCCAGCAUCGGUCUUGGGCUGGAUGUUGCGGCAGGAGGAUGCAUUUCCCAAGAGUCCAGGAGGCUUCAAGGCCGUUUAAGUCAGGCCACAGCAAGGAGCCCUCUCACGGGUUAGAACAAAGAGUGCCCGGAAGCCAGCUUGUGAUCCUGUGACUGCCGUGCAGGCUGGAAGACGUAGGGGCAUUUGGGAUGGAUUAAUUUUAUCCAUUGCAAUCUUUGGUCCUGCUUUGAGCAGAGGGUUGGAAUAGAUGACCUCCUGAGGUCCCUUCCAACCCUGAUACCUGUGAUUCUGGUUCCCUCCCUUUCAUCCCGACCCCAUCAACUCCCUGAGUAAAUGCUAAGGCGAGGGUGACGGGGGGAAGGAAAGAGCUAACGAGUGAGGAAAAACUGGAACUAGUCAGCGGCCUGGGUACAGGGCAAACAGCUGUAAUGGGAAUUCCCUCUGGUCAGUGGUGCUGCUCCAGCAAAUCUGUCGUAACCUGUGGCUGCUCCGCUUCCCUUCAGAGGUACCAAUUUGGCUGUUUCUCAUACUGAGCGUGCUGUGAGCCAAGCCCACCAAAGAGCUGGGAACAGAGGCAGCCUUUCAAACCCACCUGCGGCCUCUGUCUGUGGCCAGGAGUGGGCUCAUUACAGAGUCUGGCUCACUCAAAUGUAUUUCUCCCUCUAUCUCCCCCCCUCCACCACCCCCCAGGUGUUUCAUGGAAAUAUCGUCUCAGCCAGCACCGUGUCUGUCCCAGACUGCCUGGAGGAUGUGAAUAGUUUGGAGUCACUGGAGGAUUGUGCCAUGUAAUCUUUGUAUUUUAGCACCUGGCUUUAAUAAGGCUGAGUGCGCAGUAUUGAUGGUGCUGGUUGCUGUGUUCUGUCUGGGAGCCUGGAUUCCAGGAAAACCCAGGGCAGGCUUAGAGAGGUGCGAAGGAUGCCUGAAUUCCCCUUUGAAUGCUGCUCUGUGCCUCCCCCCGAGUGCUCCCGGCAGACGGCUUUAACGUGUGAGAAAGCAGCCGAGAUUCGCCGUGCUCAGAACCGCUGGCCAUGCGGUAUUUCUCCAGGAAGCACAGCAAGGCUAUUGGCGGAACAGAGUCCACGAGGGCGGUGGGAACUGAAGCCGAUACAAUGGUCAAGGUCUCCUCAUUGUGAGGGGGGCCUGGCACCUGGGGGGAUAUUGCGGGGUUAAAAGGCUUUCACCUCCACAGCCCCAGAACUGGAGUUCUUCAGGCUUGGAGUCUCAUAGUCACCUAAAGCAUCUGGAAUCACUAUUGCCACCAGUGAUUCGGAUGCAUCAUUUAUACACUCGGCAGUAGGUCCUCUCCAAGGUUCCUCUCCUCUCCGUCCGUCCCCUCCCCCAUGUCACCUCACAGCUCGCCAAUGGGAAACAACUUGCAGGUAGCGACUACUGGGCACUGGUGGAGGUUUGGUUGCAUUUUAAUGAAGUUUCUCUCUUAGCAGCAGGGCCUGUAACUGCCUUUAAAUUCUGGGAAUGUGUGAAAGUCUCUGCCAUGAUGUGAGGGACGUACAGACAAGCAUCUGUUACGUAUUGAUUAGAAUGAGGAUUUCUCAGGACAGUUGGACUUUCCAGACUCCUCUUCCCCCACCCACCGGAAUAAGGAAUGAGCAACUUAAUUUCUUUUUCAAGAUUAAAACCAUGGGAGUCUGGUUACCCUUUGUGAUCGCUGGGGGCUUUGGGGGGCUGUUUUUCAGUGAGGUUCAAAGCUGGGAAUGGUAAUGCGGCUGCAAACAAACUGCUCCCUCUUUGCAGUCUGAGACAAAUGAAAUAUCUUGCUUUGUUUUCUAAUAUGGCUUCUUUUUACACACACAGUGAAGGGGGGCUAGGGCUGGGAUACAGGGCUGUCUGAGCCAAUGACCGUUCUUUAUCGGUCUGGGUGAGGGGCAUAGGUUGACCAGGAAGAAACUUGUAUGUGACCUCCCGCCCUAGGAACGGCUUUGGGAGUUGGAAUUCUUAGGAACGAAAGCCUUUGUAGCCAGUUCGUGUAACAGAUCGUCCCUAGCUAUGCAGAGAGCAGUGAGCAUCCCACUGGGCACGGUUCAUACUCUACAGUCUCCUGCAGCUCACCCUGCUCUGCCAUUUCAAACACUUUGUGGAGUGAAGCUUUUUACGUGAAGGAAUCCCCUGUGCAUCAGUUUUACUUACGGAAAGAAUUAAAGCUUUGGCUCCUCCUCUCUUCCUUCUGGUUCUCUCGUCUCCCCAAAUGGUUUUUUUUUUCUUGCUUUAGUGGGAAAACGUGUUUGAAAUUACUCUGGCCUCCGUGCUUGUGGGGACAGACAUGCACUGCAGACAGUACCGUGUUUCACGCCCCGUAUGGCUGUGUGAGCCCGUGCUAAUAUUCUAUGACACUAUCAGUAUGGCCUGCUACUUGGUUUUGCUGGCUGGGCAUAAAUGACCUGAAUGCCAAGCUCUAAGGCUGCUGGUGUGUGUGGUGGGGAGGUGAGAUUGUGUCUGUCUGGAGGCUCCAAUCUGGAAUUCCAGCACCUUGAGCCUGUAAUUGUUACUUACAGCAGUGUUCACGUCAUCUGGGUAUAGUGUAUGUAGCAAAUAUUUAAGCCAAUAAACUUCCUGAUUUGUUAUGAGCGGCGAGAGGCUUUGCUGGUUCUGUCUCACUGGAGCUACUCAGCGGGAAGUCUGGCUAAUACAAUAAGAGAAGUUAUCUGGAGGGGUUGUGUAGAACAUCACACAGUCAAAGGAAUAUGUCGCCAUUCAGGCAAGCUAGACUGGCAGCCUGCAUGGAUCCUUCAGAAAUGUCAAAGGGGGGAAAACUCCAGGAGUGACAUAAAUGUGUAUUAAAUAGAAAUGGGAGUUUCAAAACCUGUGCAAAGUAGUUAAUUGUCCCCCCCUUCCUUUUGGGGGGGUUUCCACGCAGCGAAUGAGGCUUUUGCUUGUCAGUUGCGGGGGGCAGUCAUUGCAUUGCUGUGGAGGAGGCCUGGCUUGAUGCUGGC